AUGGCAAAGCGCUCUGUCAACAACUCUGGUACUACUAUCGUCGAGCCGAAAGCAUUGCUCCAUUCCACCAUGGCAUUCCUCCACCUGUUCAUUGUGAAUAAAUCAGGGAGUCUCAUCCAUCAUCGGCCGUUAAGCGCCAACGCCCCCAAGAUUGAUAUCAAUGAGUGGCUUCGAAUUGGGUCGACCUUUCAUUCCUUGCACGCCAUUGCUGCCGAGGCAUCGCCGUUGAGGCUUCCCAAUAACAAGAAUAACUACGGGGCAGACGAUGGUAUUGAGAAGAUCAUUGCCAAAGGAAUGGUACUGAGCAGCUUUCAAACAAGAACGGGAAUUAAAUUUGUCAUUACUGCAGAAGAAGGGACUCCAGACAUGGACACUGCUCUGACUGAAAUUUACAUUUUGUACGCCGACUGCGCCUUGAAGGAUCCUUUUUACGAAUUGGAAAUGCCCAUUCGAAGUACGCUCUUUACCCAAGCUGUCGAUGCCUUGAUGGAUCGUUUGGAAAAGAACGCCAACGCACCAUCCAAGCGAUAAUCAAAGUCUGACUGCCCGGGACGAAUUAUGAGAGUACAACGACAUUUCAAUCUACUGAUGUUGCCCUGGGAGUGUGUGUUGACACGAUUGCAGUCUACGAUACAAUUGUCAUGGCAGCCGCAAAGGAUGACCAAAAACUGUUUACGGUUGUGUGAUAGCUGCUCGUACUAUGUGACAAUGCAGAGUCGAGUCGAGUCGAUUGAAUCAUUCUUUUCUACCGGUAGCUCGUAGAUGGCAUGUGCAACAUUCGACAUACGCAUAACAUGCAUCGUAACUAUGUAGCUAAACUGAAUCUGUACCAGUAGUAGUCAACGAAAUGCUUCUGACAAGGAAUG